AUGCCGUGCAAAACCAACGGCAUAACACCACAACAAGUAGCUGCUCGACAAUCAAUGCCGAGGGAAUUACCAGUUUUCAAAGGAGAUCCAAGAGAAUGGCCACUUUUCAUAAGCACCUAUGAAACUAGCACCCGGAUCGGUGGAUACAGCAACGAGGAGAACGCUAUGCGUCUGCAGAGAUGUCUAAAAGGUAGGGCCCUUGAAGCCGUGCGAGACAGCCUACUGUUCCCAGAAAUGCUGCCGAGCGUUAUAAGUACUUUGAGAAUGUACUUUGGACGCCCGGAACACAUAAUAAAACUGUUGAUGGAGAAUGUGCGAAAUUUGCCUCCUCCAAAGGGCAAGCUAGAACCGUUGAUCGAGUUUGCAUUUGCGGUGAAAAAUAUGUGCGCUACCAUUAGGGCAAGCAAGCUAGAUGCGCACCUGAACAACCCUACGUUAUUACAAGAGCUUAUCGAGAAGACGGGACCUGAUAUGAUGCUUAACUGGGCUCUACAUUCAAAAUCCAUACCCUACCCGAAUAUACAGCACCUAGCGGAUUGGUUGUUUGAAUUGGCGGAAGCGGCGAGUCGCGUAUCUACACCCAACAUAUUACUAGAAAGCGACAAGAAGAGAAUCAACAGAGGAGUGAUGCAUACAGAUACCGCAGCGCCUACAGAUAGCCCUAAAAACACAGUCUGUGCGAUAUGCAAAGGACACCACAAACCAGUGUCUUGCGAAAAGUUGUGGCGGAUGUCAGUCGAAGCCAGGUGGAACGCGAUAAAUAACCAUCACCUAUGUGCUCAGUGCCUCAAAAACCACAAGGGAUCCUGCUGGAGUCGCGUAGCUUGCGCCAUAAAUGGCUGCAAAGCAAAACAUCACCGUCUCCUUCAUAAGGACGGGACGGAAUGCGCUCUGCACAAUCAUCGUGGGUCACUAACCAACCAGCCGGAAUGCUAUGUUCGAAUCGUUCCAGUCACUUUGCACUCCAAUUCGAAAUCCGUCGAUAUCUACGCAUUUAUGGAUGACGGAUCGACUCUAACACUUGUAGAAGAAAAAUUGGCUGAUGCGCUCGAAGUGAAAGGUUUCGCCAAUCCACUAUGCAUUAGAUGGACCGGCGAUGUUAGUCGGCAGGAGCCGGAAUCCAAGCAGCUGAACUUGAAAAUCUCAAAACAAGGACUGGGCAAUAAAUUGUUUAAAGUAAAUGAAGUCUGUACGGUUAAGUCCAUUGGUCUUUCAGCCGAGACGAUGAUAGCAGAUAGGAUAAAACAGAGAUAUCCGCAUUUAAAAAACCUGCGUAUCCCGAGCUUCAUUAACGCAAUGCCUCAAAUGAUAAUCGGCAGUAAUAAUCCGAAUCUCAUAGCUUCGCUAAAGGUGCGCGAAGGAAAAUGGCAGCAACCAAUAGCUGCAAAAACGAGACUAGGAUGGACUAUAUAUGGAGGAUCGGGACGAUCUGGGGGAGGACUCAACCUGCAUCGCUGUCAAUGCGAUCUGGAUUUGCAUGAGAUGGUUAAAAAACAUUUGCUAACGGAGGAAAAAUCACCGCCGAUAUUUACCAAGUCCCCUGAUGAAGAGCGAUCUCUACAGAUUCUGGAGGACACUGUUAGUUACAGCUCGCGGACGUACACCACGGGAUUGCUUUGGAAAGAUGGGGCCCGUGUAUUUCCAAAUAGCCUGCCAGUAGCAAAACGACGACUCUUAUGCAUGCAAAAGAAAAUGGCAGCAGACCCUCCUUUUGCGAAUGAGCUACAUAAUCAAAUACAAAACUUGAUAGCCAAAGGCUAUGCCAGAAAGUUGCCAGAGGAAGAAAUCAGGGAGAAACCCGAAAACGCAUGGUACUUACCCAUUUUUACUGUACGAAAUCCACAUAAACCUGACAGGGUCAGAUUGGUGUGGGACGCGGCAGCUCAAUCAUCAGGAGUAGCCCUAAAUGACUUUCUUCUAAAGGGGCCCGAUUUGCUCGUGCCCUUGCUGCAGAUUAUGUACAACUUUAGGAUGAGAGCAAUCGGCGUGAGCGGUGACAUCGCCGAAAUGUUCCAUCGAAUAGCAGUACAAGAAGAAGACGCUAAAGCACAACGAUUCCUAUGGCAAAAUCAGACAACCGGAGUUGUAGAAACUUUCCAAUUAAAUGUGUUGACAUUUGGAGCCACGUGCUCACCCUGUAUAGCGCACUAUGUGCGUGACUUGAACGCUAAGAAACACGCGGACGAGUUUCCUGCGGCAGCUAAAGCUAUUCAGUCAAGUCACUAUGUAGACGACUACAUCGAUUCAUGCCAUUCAGAAGAAGAAGCCAUUAUAUUAGCGAAGGAAGUUAGAGAAGUCCACGCACGCGGGGGCUUUCAUAUGCGCAAGUGGUGUUCGAACUCCAAACGGGUACUCGCUGCACUUUGCGACACAACAACCUACGACGAAAAACAGUUCUUUAACAGUGAAGAGAGACACUAUUAUGAGAAAAUAUUGGGCAUGCGGUGGAGCCCACAUCACGAUGCCUUCACCUAUGCACUAAAAGACAAAAUUCAACUGGAAGAUGCAAAAAUGCACCGAGAAUUGUCGCAGCAGGAAAUAUCGUGGUACUUCAACCCACCGUCAGCUCCUCACAUGGGAGGAGCCUGGGAGCGCUUAGUGCGUUCCGUUAAAACCGUGUUAUACCGUAUAACACCAAAUCAAAAAUUCUCAGAUGAAAGUCUUCUUACCGCAAUGGCAGAGGUGGAAAUGACGGUCAACUCCAGGCCCCUGACAUACGUGUCCCUGGAUGACGAAGACCAAGAAGCUCUUACGCCAAAUCACCUGUUGCUUGGCUCAUCAAACGGAGAAAAACCGAUUUGCGAUCCGGAACAAAUCGACUAUAAAUGGUCGCUCCGCCAGAGUGAGAUGUUUUCCAACCUAUUUUGGAAACGCUGGGUCAAAGAGAUGCUACCAAACAUAACACGAAGGUCCAAGUGGCAUAAAAAAGUAAAGCCAAUUGGUGUAGGCGAUAUUGUACUUAUAGUGGACGAAAAUCAGCGUCGUAAUACCUGGACAAAGGGUCGAGUGGUCGAAGUGACCACAGCAGAAGAUGGUCAAGUCCGGCAGGCGAAGGCACUGGCGGAGCUAGAUUAA